AUGCAGCAAACGGGGCCGUGGCGAUGGAGUGAUCAGUACUCUUUCUGUGAACUCAAAGAAGCGGAAGCACACCGUGCAGCACUUUCACUUCGUCAAGAGGCUCUGAAGAAUGAGCUGUUGCGAAUGCGCCAACAGCAGUUUGUUAUGGCCAGUAGAGAGCGCCAUAAUGAAUUGAGAUCUCAAGUACAGCGGCUAGAGCAGCAGAUUCACCAUUAUGAGCUCAAGACGUUUAAUGCAGAGCGCGUUGGUAGGAUCAACGAUUGGACAGAUUCUACUGCUAAGGAUGCACCGUUGCCUUUCGCACAGUUAGAUGAACGACUAGCUGGGUCAAGUGAAACUCUGAUUGCAAAGUUAGCGCAGCAAAAUGAGCAGAUCAUGGCGUUACUGAUUCCCCGGCGGCAGGAUAAGGCACACGCUUCUGGCGUACCGAGCAUUUCAACGUUAUCUCCACCGCCACAUCCUUCCAGCAAAACGGAUUCUACAAGUAGACGAGAUCCUGAACAUGAGAAGACCAUGCAACAGGAAUCACAAUCAGAAAUACCGAUUAAGAACCGUGCACCGACGUUCCAGACCCCAUCAGUAGUGUCAUGGCUUCCUGAGUUCGAGUGGACGGAUGAAGAUGAAAUUGCACUCGACAAACUUGAGAACGACGCAGAUUUUCUUAUCGACAAUCCUGAAAGUGAUGAUGUGACCGGCGUUAACCAUGACCAUGAAAUUGGCGCAUCCGCGAACACCAAAUCUACUUUACCAAAAGAUCAGAAAGCACGCAAUCGUCUUGAGAGCCACAAGAAGCUCGAGGCACUCCUUAGCGCCUCCCUGAAAAAUGUAGGCGGAGGCGCGUUGAGAAAACCGCGGUGGCGGCUUGAAGCCGGCGAUGUUAUCUCUCCAUUCGAGUCUGAAGCGGAGGCAAUGAAACCUCUUCAGAUCUUCCGCUCGGCUGUACUCGGUGUCUUGUUCGUGGUUUAUCUCAAGGACAUAUUGAUGACCAAGAAACUUGCAGAAAAGAAAAGCACGAUGCUAGGUUUUGAGUCCAUGUUGCGGGUUUACUUUGAUGCCACUCGUAUGUGGUUAGGAAAGGUGGUGAGAACACCCUUACUGUCCCUACUUCAGGAUGCAAGUUUAGACGUGGAUAUCAGUACGAGGGGUGGUCUUACUGGGUUUCGAGGCUUUGCUAGGAAGUUUGGUGAUAUCCUUUCUCGCCGCCCGCCCCCAUCAGCACAAUCACUUGCCAGCAAUGGACAGUCAAGUAAAAAUUCCGUGGAUCCGGCAAAGCUGCUAAAGUUAAAAGUGCGAAUGAGAGGGAUUUUGCAAGCUCUAAGCAAGGCGAUUGAUAAGAGGGAGGUGCCCUCUGGCAUCUUGGACUUCUGGAAAAGGAUAUCUAGCGAUGGAGUUUAUUUCCCACCCAGUUACCAACUCUUUAACGAGGAGCGAGAAAGUCUCGAGUUUGAUGCUCUAGGUGCUACUGAGAGAAUGGACUUUGCGGUAUCUACUGUUGUCGACCAGAACGUUGAUUUGGACUGGAGAUGUGGCCACCAGUUUUCUCGAUUCAACGUCGUGCUGGUCAAUUUUCUCUUUAUUCGGAUUCUGAUUCCACACGUCAUCUUGCAACCGUGGAAUGUUGGAAUCGGAUCCAAGAUCAUCGGGAAGCAGACAGCAGCAAAUUUAGCCAGCUUGGCUACUCUGCUCUACUGUGUCUGCAAACAACUUUCACCGUUGCCACCACUGGUGCAGCAUUCAGAUACACCGGUUCUUGGAAGACGACGAUCAAAAACAGUGACAAUCUUACAAUCAAGCACAAGUGAUGAAAACGCUGUGCAAGGUGAAAUCGAUUCAGUGCUUACUGGAGAAGCGGGGCAUAGUGUGGAUACUGCAUUUAUGUCCAUCGACGAAAUUGGGCGUCGCCUUAUAUCCGAAAAAAGCUUCCCCAGUGAAGAUCCUCAAGUCAUCCAGGUCGUAGAGGAACACCACCUUAUGCUGCAGGAAACACUGACACGGCUGCGUUCCCAGCUCCAUGGCUCGCAGGAAUAG